AGCCGGAAGUUCGUGUAAGAUGGUCACAGGAAGCAGGAAGUAGGGAGCGAAACCUGGAGUAAAUGGCUAGAAGACCGGAAGAAUAAGCAGUAAUAGAAAAAAAGUUGUAAACAAACAAAAAAAUCCCGGUAGAGUGUGUCGAUGAGCGGAGGGCCAUGUUAACGGGGGUUUAGGCUGGCGGCCCAGGCGGAAGAGUUCGUUGUGAGGGGGAACCUCGACGCUACCGUCCCGGAAGUCAGAGACGGCAUCUGUGAUAGACUGACACCAUGCAACCUCGAGGACCCUGAUGCCCUGCACAGUGUCUGUGAUGGAAGGGGGGGGCAGUUACUCACAGCCUGAGCUACAACACGGAGCCAGUGGAAUGUGUUCAACAGCUGCUAUGCAAUACCAACCCAGCCAGUUGGAAAUAGAGGCCCCGGCGCUGGCUGGUACCCAGUGGACACAUUACCCAUAUUCACCUGCUCAUUGCUUGCCCCAUGCUCCUCUCACCAGCUCAGAUUCAUUACAGUUUAAUGGCCCAACAGAAUAUUAUAGUCGGAAUUUCUCAACUCCAUUUUCAAGCUGCUUUACAGAGAGCCAAACGUACAUUCAGGACCCAAUCAAUUUUUUAAAUGACUUUUCCAGCCGCUCUGCCCUGUCUUCCCCGGAUUCACUAUCUGGCAUCACAGACACAGAUGACUUUUUGCCAGCUGACAGUCUUAAUAGUUUACCGACAAUAUGGGAUGUCAACACACCUACUCAGGACACCAGCACAUCACUCUUUCCCACCACUCGUCCAUUUACUGGAUUCAACCGAUUUGAAGACUUUCAAGCUAUAAUCAGAACUCCUCCUCCCGUUCAGCAGCGGGCUCCAAAUCUGGUGGAGGAGGAGGAAGAAGAUGAAGAUGCUGAGGAGCUGGGGCAUGCUGAGACCUAUGCAGAUUACGUGCCUUCUAAGUCUAAAAUCGGCAUACAGCACCCUGAUCGAGUAGUGGAGACUAGCACUUUGUCCAGCGUCCCCCCUCCAGAUGUCACCUAUACUUUGUCUCUCCCCUGUUCUAUUAUUGACAGGGGGUUGCUUUCUGCUUUGCAGCUUGAAGCUAUUGUAUAUGCCUGCCAGCAACAUGAAGUUAUCCUACCUAGCGGACAGAGAGCUGGAUUUCUGAUUGGAGAUGGUGCUGGUGUCGGAAAGGGGCGUACUGUUGCUGGCAUUAUCCUAGAGAACUACCGAAGGGGAAGAAAAAAAGCUCUGUGGUUUAGUGUAUCCAAUGACCUGCGCUGUGAUUCAGAGCGUGAUUUGCGUGAUAUUGAUGCCAGUUGUAUUCCAGUACAUGCCCUCAGCAAGAUCAAAUAUGGAGACACAUCUGCCUCUGAAGGUGUCCUAUUUGCCACGUAUUCAGCACUUAUUGGUGAGAGUCAGGCUGGAGGUCAACACCGUACACGAAUUAAACAAAUACGAGACUGGUGUGGUGAGAAUUUUGAUGGAGUGAUUGUGUUUGAUGAAUGUCACAAAGCCAAGAAUGCCUCCUGCACCAAAAUGGGUCGUGCAGUACUAGAGCUUCAGAACAAUUUACCUUUGGCACGAGUGGUAUAUGCUAGUGCCACGGGUGCAUCCGAGCCCAAGAAUAUGAUCUAUAUGAGUCGGUUGGGUAUCUGGGGAGAGGGCACGUCCUUUAGCACUUUUGAUGAGUUCUUGCACGCUAUUGAGAAAAGGGGUGUGGGUGCCAUGGAGAUAGUUGCCAUGGAUAUGAAAGUGAGCGGCAUGUACAUUGCAAGGCAGCUGAGCUUCACAGGUGUCAACUUCAGAAUUGAGGAAAUCCCCUUAAAUGAAUCUUAUAAACAGAUGUAUAACCGAGCAGCCCUGCUGUGGGCAGAAGCACUGACUGUUUUCCAAACGGCGGCUGAUUGGCUAGGAUUGGAAUCUCGGAAAUCUCUUUGGGCUCAAUUCUGGUCAUCUCAUCAGAGAUUCUUUAAGUACUUGUGUAUAGCCGCUAAAGUUCAGCGGUUGGUUACGUUGGCUCACCAGGAGCUUUCCAAAGGCAAGUGUAUUGUAAUUGGUUUGCAAUCUACCGGGGAGGCUAGAACUCGGGAAGUGAUGGAUGAAAACGAUGGUCAUCUUGACCACUUUGUGUCUGCUGCAGAGGGUGUGUUUAGGUCUUUGAUCAUGAAACACUUUCCUUCAACUAAGAGGAAACGAGAGAAAGGCAUGCUGAAAAGGAAAAAACGAGGAAAACCACGCACUGGAAAGUUUUCACGUUGUGAUCUUGCUGGAUUAUUGCGCAUCAGUGAGGAAAGUAGCUCUGAUUCUGAUGGCGUGCUGGACAGUGACUCUAAUUCCUCCCCUGAGUCCCUACAGGAUAAUGAUGACGUCAUCUUUGUGGAACACACCUUAAAUGGGCUAACAAUACCGGAUCGUGGCCCAGAACAGGUAGAACAAAUGAAGAUGGAUCUUUUGGCCAAGGUGGAAGAACUAGGCAAGGAGCUGCCUCUUAACACUUUGGACAUGCUUAUAGACCAGUUUGGAGGUCCAGAGAAAGUGGCGGAGAUGACUGGUAGGAAGGGUCGUGUGGUUCAUCGCAGUGAUGGCUCGCUCGGUUUUGAUUCUCGGGCUGAGCAGAAUCUAUCCAUAGAUAAUAUCAAUUUAAGGGAAAAGGAACGUUUUAUGAAUGGGAGCAAGCUGGUGGCAAUUAUUUCUGAAGCAUCGAGUUCAGGUAUUUCACUACAAGCUGACCGGCGGGUACCAAAUCAACGCCGACGGGUACACAUGACACUGGAACUGCCGUGGAGUGCUGAUAGAGCUAUACAACAGUUUGGUCGCACUCACCGCUCUAAUCAGGUGUCUGCUCCUGAAUACGUUUUUCUUAUAUCAGAACUUGCUGGAGAGAGGCGGUUUGCUUCUAUUGUGGCCAAAAGACUGGAGAGCUUGGGUGCACUUACUCAUGGGGACCGGAGAGCCACAGAAUCCAGAGAUCUCAGCAAGUACAACUUUGAAAACAAGUAUGGGUCAAGAUCACUGGAACAGAUAUUAUCAGCUAUCCUGAACCAGACACAAAGGGAUGUGCCUCCUCCACAAGGGUACCCAGGAGGCCCUGCUGCUUUCUUCCAGGAUAUGAAGCAGGGUCUACUUUCUGUUGGAAUUUGCUGCAGAGAAACCAAGUACAAUGUCGUUGUUGAUAAAGAGUGUUCAGUGACAAAAUUUUUAAACCGGAUGCUGGGCCUAGAAGUUCACAAACAAAACAGCCUGUUUCAGUUUUUUACAGACACAUUUGACUUUCUCAUUGAAAAGGACAAGAAGGAUGGCAAAUAUGACAUGGGUAUCCUAGAUUUAGCACCUGGAGUUGAUGAAAUAUAUCAAGAGAGUAAAGAAACUUUCCUGACCCCUGGACAUCCACAGGAUGGACAAGUUGUAUUUUACAAAAUCAGCGUGGACCGAGGUUUGAACUGGGAAAAAGCACUGGAAAAAGAAUCGCAGCUUCACGAACCAGAGGAAGGUUUCUAUUUGUCCUACAAGGUUCGUGGUGAAAUGUACUCGGCAGUUCUGGCUGAGCAUAGACAUGGGAAGUCCUAUAACCUCUAUAAACCAAACAUAGGGAAACAGAGCCAUCCAGAAACCUUGGAUAGUCUGCGGAAUAAAUACUACAAGGUUUCUCCAGAAGAGGCUCAGCAUCAUUGGGAAAGUCAGUAUAUAUUUUCUUUGAGCAACUGCAGUCACACAGUGUGGAAUGGGAACUGCAAGAUGGUGCAACAGGGCAAAGAAUGUAUACAAGGGCUUCGUUUACGACAUUAUUACAUGUUGUGUGGGUCUCUGCUACGUGUCUGGAGCCGUAUGGCAUCUGUCAUAUCUGAUAUCACCAGUAGUAGCUACCUACAGAUUGUACGUUUAAAAACCAAGGAUAAGCAUAAACAAGUUGGCAUUCAGAUUCCAGAGCCUUGUGUAUAUAAAGUACGGGAGGAACUGAAACAAAUGGAUAUGAAUGUGAAGAGAAAACAUGAGGAAUCUAAACAGUCUGCUGAGCGUCUUUCAAUGCCCCCCAUGCUGUCUGGACCCUCUGCUUUGGACCUUUCAUUACCUUUUUUCCAUCCACCCUCGCUUUCAGAACAUGAUGUUUUAGACCUGACUUGCAGCCCUCUGCCUUCCAAUAUGCAGGAACAGAGUGGAUAUCAUUUCAGUGACAGUCUUGUGGGUAUCCUCUCCCCCAGUGAAACCCUCCAAAGCCAGCAGUUUAAUGUCCGAGAAAUCAUAGAAGAAAUGCUUCAAAAACUAAAAGCGCCAGAUGCAUCUGCAGCAGAGCGUCAGAGUGUAAUUCAGUUUGGAGGCGAGAAUGAUUUCUGGGAAACAGGCUGAUAUGUGAGCCUUUCUUUCUGAUAGACCAGCGAAUAUGCCCCACAGCACUGCUCUAACACUCCAGCACCAUUUGUGGCUGAAGCCAAGAUUGCCGAAUGCUUGGAUUGUACCAUCUUUGUUAAUCAGACUGUUUUUGAGCUAUACCACAACAAGGAGAGGUGACCUCUGAAUUUUCAGAAACCAAAACUAACAGUGCACCAUCUAUCAUAUGAGAGGACCAAGUGUCACAGGGUUGCUAGUCUCUGAAAGCCCCAUCUACAGUACUUACUAACACAUCCAUUGCGCAGCUGCACUGAUUGGCUGACAUAUCAGGUGCUGUACCCUGCAGCCUAUACGUUUUUUGUUUGGGACCCAACUGCAGAAAGCACACUGGGAACCCUGCACUGUUUGUUUCUGUUCUCAGUCCCUGGUCAACCUAGGAUAGGUUUGGAUUUAUGUUCAGUGUACGUAGGUUCUUCUGUGUUCAUGAGCUGACUCCUUACAGCGCUCAGCACUUUAUCAUCUUCUCUUCAGAGCUUUACACACUGCUGAAAGAGUUUUGAGCAAUAGCAUGUGUGAACAGUAUAAAAUCUAUAAAUAUAUAUAUAUAUAUUAUAUCUAUAUGGGGAAGGGAUGUGACUACCAGAUUUAUUUUAGUUCUUUUAACCCAUGCUAAUCUUUGCACUAUUGCUGCCCCAUAACAACCUCCCUUUGGGUAGAAGGGGCCUGGGUGUCUGCUCAGGGUAUAUUUAUGUGUAUAUGUGUUCAUAUCCAUAACGUUAUAUCUCAGGCUAGGUACUGUUUGCCAUGCAGAGGCAGACACAUUGUUUUAUGCCAAAGAAAUUCCUCCUUUUUGAAUAUACAUUUUGCCCAUGUGGAAAAUAUAAUUUCCCAUCUCCUAAUGCAAGUACAUUUUGCGCUUUUUGAAAAGAGAAACAUUGAGUACUGAAUCAGUAGGCUCUUUUGUCUGUCAUGAUCAUAAUGUACAGAUAGACAGCUGCAGGGCUGCUAGUCAUUAGCUGCAGUACCACUAUUUAGACUAAUACUAACUGACAUUUGCAUAAGAAAACCUAUAGGAAGCAGCUGGUUUCAUACAAAACAGCAUCUUCGUUACCUCUGCUACACCUAGUAGACAUUGCUUCCUUUUCUUUCUUGGUCUCCUAAAUGCUGGGGAAUCUCGCUGUCUGCUUUUAAGUGCAAUGUAUGUGUUAUUUUUUUCUUUGAGCCUUACACACCAAUAUUACAUUGUUGGUAGUUAAGAUAUUACGUUAUGUAUUGGUGGCAGAUGUGCAAAUCUUGAAUGUUAUGAUAAACCUUUGGGUUACGGGACCGUUAAUAUGAACCUCUCACAGUGCCAGUCCAUUCAGCAAAUGGUCAUCCUUUCAUCCAGGCCAUAUCGGAAUGCCGGCAAUCAAAAGAUCUCCAAGUUGGCUAUUUACUUUGAGUUUUUUAUGUAUCAUUUGUUUUGCAACGUAAAUUAUUUAAAAUACUGUACCCGGUGUUACAUGUGCAUGUUACCACAUUGGUAUUUGUGACUGACUAAGGGUCAUUUAUGAAAGUGCAAAGAACUGUUUCUGUGCCUCUGCACUUUUUUUUAUGUAACAGUGAGUGUACACAGUCAAAUGGUCAUCUUUGAGGUUGCCAAGUAGUUGUCCUCUUUAGACAUAUUGGAUUGUUUUUGUUGAGUACUGUGUAUCUGUACACUAAAGUGGAUGAAAUCAUUUAGGGCCCAUUCCCACCAUGUGUUGGGCUAUACUGGGCAGCCUUGCCUGAUGCAAAGACCAGGCAUUUUGCCAUGUCUCCUUUGUGCUCACUUUGAAGCACCAUUCUGUGUUGGUGUACGCUAAGAAAAUAAAGUCCAUGCAGUAAUUUUUUUUCAGAGUAGCGUGCUGCAAUGCAGCAUCCUGUUUCGCUGAACGAAGAUGAUUGGAAUGUCAGUGAAAAGAAAAAUAGGUAAACUGUGCAAUGCGCUGUAAUUGUUCCCUUUUAAAAUGCAUGCAUGCAAGCAGCUGCGCAUUAUAGCACACUGCUGGUGCGAUUGGGCCUUUAAAUUCCCACCAUCGCAUGAGCCAGCAACACAAGGUGCCUGUCAUUAUCUGUUUUAGAAAAUAAGACAACCUUCUUGUGCCAGAGAGCCCCUGGACUAGCGCAGACACAUCAGGAAUUCAAUCCACCUAGCUACUGUAUUUUACAAUCCCAUGAGGAAGCCCCUGCAAGCAAUACAGGACUUUAGCAUUGAUUUGUGGGAUAGCAGUGGGGGAUUUGCACAGACCUUUGAGGGACCUGGGCGAUUCCCAGAAUGCUUUGGUCCAGGUUUGGUGAGUUGUUUGGCAGCAUUUACAGGUUAUUGAGCAAUACAAAUCAAUCUGUAUCCUUCCAAACUUUCAAAAAAAUCUAUCUCUCUCGCUCUCUCUCUGAAAAUAAUAUCAAAGAUAACGAUAUUUAACAUACUAUUAUGAACAUUUUUUUUUUUUUUUUACUGGACUUCCACUUUAAUGUUAUCACCACCAAGCCCACCUUUGAGAAGAGACUGUGGGAGACCGGUGCAAAGGUGGAGGGAGCCUGCUGGUGCAAAGAAUAAGGAAAAUAUCCAUCUUAUUCCUCUACCCCUAGACUUAGCAUUUUAAACCUUGUAGUAAGGGGAGGCCCUACUGCAAAGGUAAUUUUUUUCCUGUUGCCCGAGUUGGGCUUUGAAUAACCUACAACUGAACUUCAAACUAGGCUAAAUUAAUGUUUAUAAACCACUCUAACUUCUCGUUUUUGUCUGCUGGUUAAAAUGUAUAACAUUUUAUUUAUUACCUUAUUUAAAAAAAAAUCAGCAUCUGCUUUAUUUUUAUAUCAUUUUGUUAUUGUAUGGUUAGGAUUAUAUAAACAUAUUUUUUACUUAAAGUAAAACUUUUGGAGAAGAUUUUAAAAAAUGUUUUUUUCUGUGACCUUUUUAGUACACCUAAAAAUAUUUUAUAAUGUUUCUGUUUGCUUUUAUGCACCACAAAUUACUAACAAAAAGCUUAAAGUAAGUAGGGAGUACAACUGUAUGUUUUUUUUUUUGUUUUGUAAAUAGUUUUUAUUAGCAUGACUGUGUAGCUUAGUAUAGUCCUCUAAAUACACUUACCUUUUCUCAAGAAUGUGGAAUAAGGGGCCAAAAAAGAACAAAUUCUGGCUGUUUUAAUGUGAAAUGUUGCUUGGUUCCAUAAGGGAAUUUCAUCAAUAUCUGACUUUGUAGUCCUGCAUUGCCAUUUCUAAUGCAAUGCAGUUUUUUUGAACUUCCCAAAUGCACUUGAGAGCAUCCUUCUUUUAUGAGGCCAGUGUAAAAAACUGGCUUGUGAGCAGUCCUUUAUGGAGAAUGCACACUAAUCUUAAAAUUCAAAGCACUUCCAGCUGAUUCUUUGCAGUUUCAUACAAUGACCCUUACAUUUUGUUAGUAUAUUGUUUUGUUGUAUUGCUAUACCUAAAUGGCAGAUGAACAGUUUUAACAAAAGGCUUAUUUAAAAACAGUACAAAGAGCUUUGAUAUGCAGUAACCCCCAGCAUCCCAUCAUUGGCUGGUAAAGGUUUAAAGUGCAUAAUUGCUUUUUUUUUUACUAUGCAAAGCCCAUAGUGUAACUUCUUCUGCCAGCUGGUCUCCAGUAGUGUUCUUCAGUAAUGCAGUGAACCAAAGAUUUUUAAAGUGUGAAAGGGUAGAUAACUAUCCAUGUGUAUGUGCCGGAAGGUAAACUAAUGCUUAUCCUUAAUGACUGCCAUUAUGGCCUACACUGUGGAGCAAUACCAUAUUGUGAACACCACUAUGGCAAAUCAUUUUAUGCAAUGUCAUUCAGUGCCUUGCUUUUCUUAUACAAUAUUAGCUAGUGUGCACCACUGCUGGAUGGCGCUCCUCCCAUGUCAUGUGUUUUCUGUGCCCUUUCAAUUUCGUACUGUAUCUCAGGUAUUUUACCCCCUUUAACUGUCAGGGAAUUCUGCAACAUAUUUUGCUGGAAACAAGUGCAUGUGAUCUGGCAUCAAAGGGGUGAAGAGGAGCUGCUGCCCCCUCAGUUCUGUAAGUUUAUUCAUAUGUGUACCCAGUGAGAUCACAUCCCUGGUUUGUGAUUUCUUGGACAGGUUUGCUAUUAAGUUAUUAUGAUGCGUGCGUGCUACUGAUUCUGCAUCCUGCCACGCACGGGUCUCCUAUACUUAUUUAUGACUCUGUAAAAUAUAUAUGUAUACAGUUUUAUUUGGAAGAUGUGCCUUCAACUAAUUCCUACAUUUUCUAUUCGUGACUGAAGGCUGAGUUCACAGCACCUCAGUAAAGUUUUCAUUGAAAAAAAAAAAAAGCAUGUUUCUGGGUCUUUGAUCUGAAAGUGUUUUAUGUCUGAAUACAAUGUAUAACAUGCCAA